AAUUGUCUUUAAAAUUCGGUGUAAUUAUUUCUAGGCAAACUGUUUGUCUACUGACUUCAUACAGUCAACAACGAACGCACGAACGAACGUGCGCCCGAGCAUAUUCUAAGCGGAGAUAGUAUUAAGCUUGAGCUUUUGUUUAUUAGUGUGACGUGUACGUCGCGUUUGAACGUGUAUUAUCCUUGCGCGUGAAGCGAGGCUUCAGAACAAACAAACAAAGAUUAUAAAGAAAAGGUGCGGUGUGUUUAACGAAAAAAAAAAAUGCAAAAUUAAACUUAAUUGUUUAAAACAAAGCCAUUUAUUUGAAAUAAAUAAAAUAAAAUUAAUAAAUAAUAAAAAAAAAUUAUUAAGAACUUUGUGUGAUCUGGAACUGAGGACCUUUUGUGGAAUUCCUAAAUGAGAAUUUUAUAAAACAAAAGGACUACGAGAAAAUAAAAAAAUAUAUUAUUUUUUACUUUAAAAAACUUAAAGGAGCAUAAGAAAUUAAGAUGGCUCCAAAUUUGAUCGGCAGCACUUUCCUUAUCGCCGAAACGGCUAUUACUAAUAAUGAUGCCAACAACAAUAAACAGUCUACAUUAGCUAAGACUAGUUGUAAGAGUAGUCAUGAUCGUGUACCGAAUCAGGGUGAAUCGGCUGCGGCCAUGCAACAGAACUCGGCCAAAUCCGUGGCAAAAACUCAAAAUAAAGCGGAUGCUGCCACGCAGAAACCCUAUAAGAUGGAAAUUGUCUGGUUCAAUGUGAUGUUGUUCGUGGUAUUGCAUUCCAUGGCACUCUAUGGUCUGUGGCUCAUUUGGGCUGAGAACGCAUACUUGGAAUUCGUGAUCGCCUACUUUUACGCCGUACUCGGUGGUUUGGGCAUUACAGCCGGUGUACAUCGCCUCUGGUCGCAUCGCGCCUACAAAGCUAAACUGCCAUUGCGUAUUUUCCUUAUGUUGUGUCAAUCGCUCGCCUUCCAGAACAGCAUCUACGAGUGGUGUCGUGAUCAUCGUGUACAUCACAAAUUUACCGAUACAAAUGCGGAUCCCCAUAAUUCGGGACGUGGUUUCUUCUUUGCCCAUAUGGGUUGGUUGAUGUGCAAGAAGCAUCCCGAUGUGAGAGAGCGUGGCAAGACCAUUGAUAUGAGUGACAUUCUGGCCGAUCCCGUUGUUAAGGUCCAGAAGAAACUCUACUUCCUCAUCAUGCCUAUUUGCUGUUUCGUCAUCCCCGGACUCUUCCCCUACUACGUAUUGGGUUCGUCGCUGCAAGUCUGCUUCUUCGUCUGCUCUAUGCUCCGUUAUGCGCUCUCACUGCACGGCACAUGGUUGGUCAACAGCGCCGCUCACUUCUACGGCAUGCGGCCAUACGAGAAGAACAUCAGCUCGGUAGAUAGCAAAUUGGUGUCGGUGAUCGCUUUCGGCGAAGGUUGGCAUAACUAUCAUCAUGUCUUCCCCUGGGAUUACAAAGCGGGAGAAUUGGGCACAUACCAAUACAACUGGACCACAGCUUUCUUGGACUACAUGGCGCGUAUUGGUCAAGCUUACGAUCUGAAAUCGGUGUCGCACGAGAUGAUCUUGAAACGUGUGCAACGUACUGGCGAUGGCACACAUCCGUCGGUGCAAGAUGUGAACAACAACAAUGUAAACAUAAGCGAACUGGUGUCGAAACUCGAUCAUGAGAACGAGGAGACACUCGUUUGGGGUUGGGAUGAUGAGGAUAUUUGCGAUGAGGAUCGCAAGGGUGCUGUACACAAGAAGGAGGAAUAAGCGCGCUUACAAACUACAAUGCUCGUACACGAUUUUUUAUGUGCUUGUUUACAUAUUUUCAAGGAGUACAGUAUUUAACUAGAGAAAAAAAUUGUACUUGAUGCCUCUACUAGGCUCUUGCAACUAAAAAAAGAAAGAAAUUCGAAAAGAUACAAAAAAAAACACAAAUCACCAAUCAAAAGUACGAGGACACAUACAUACACACACUUACAACCAUAUACAUAGCAUGCGCAUACUCGAUGUACUUGCAAAUGAACCAAUUAUCCAGCGGGGGGAGGGUUUAGCUGCGCACGCCUAAAAGCGGCCAGCUGUUGUGUAGGAUAUAUGGUGCGUACGAACGAAGGGAAUGUGAAGUUGGUUGCUGUUGCAGCUUGCUGAGUGAAGACGUCAUUUAUGAGGGAUGCGUACUUUAUUAAAACAAAAUGGCGAUUAUAUUAUAUGCGGCAUACAUACUUAUUACGUUUAAGGGAGGUAGUUCACAUACUUACAGCGUUAAGGCUAGUUCUAAGGAGAUUGCUUGUAUAGAUUUUUAAGGAGUUUGAUUAUGUUUAAUUUCUUUUGUAUGAUUUUCAACUUAGCACUUGAUUAUAUAUGUUUUAUAUACACAUACAUAUGUACAUGUCUAUGUAGUGAAAUGCUAGUUUUAGUUUGCUUUAAAAUUAUUUUGUAUAUUACAAUAUGAACAAUAACCAAAAAUGUUAAGGUAAAUAAAAUAAAACAGUUUUGAAAAAUA